ACGACAGAACAACGGUCUACCGGAAGCGUCAAUCCAAUCAUCGAUAACGGGAAGUUUGGCUGAUUACAGCCCUUCUCCAACCAGUGCUUGUCGCAAAACAUUCGCUCUAUUUCAAACACAUUAGUGAAGAUUGAACAGUCUCCGCGAUAAGCAUCAGAUCAAAUAACGGUGCACGGACGUUUCCCCCGGGGGACGAAGGACCGGGAUCCAGCCUCCAGCCUCAGUGCUUUUCCUGCUCGCUCCGGAGGGAUGGUAGCGUUAGCCGGUUAGCUCUCCAGCAAGCCGCUGUAGGAUUUACGUUAUUUGGCUUUCGUUUGUUGAAAUAAUGAAUCUACUACCGUCUAAUCCUCACGGGAAUGGGCUCCUUUAUGCUGGCUUCAACCAGGAUAACGGGUGCUUCGCCUGUGGGAUGGAGAACGGCUUCCGUGUGUACAACACGGAUCCUCUCAAGGAGAAGGAGAAACAAGAGUUCCUGGAGGGUGGGGUCGGCCACGUGGAGAUGCUCUUCAGGUGUAACUAUUUAGCACUAGUGGGAGGAGGAAAGAAGCCAAAGUACCCAACCAACAAAGUGAUGAUCUGGGACGACCUGAAGAAGAAGACGGUGAUCGAGAUUGAGUUCUCAACAGAAGUCAAAGCCGUGAAGCUUCGGCGUGACAGGAUCGUGGUGGUCCUGGACUCGAUGAUCAAAGUCUUUACCUUUACCCACAACCCCCAUCAGCUGCAUGUGUUUGAGACCUGCUACAACCCCAAAGGUCUGUGCGUGCUGUGUCCCAACAGCAACAACUCCCUGCUGGCGUUCCCUGCGACUCAUUCGGGCCACGUGCAGAUAGUGGACCUGGCCAACACGGAGAAGCCCCCGGUGGAUAUCCCCGCCCACGAGGGGGCGCUGUGCUGCAUCGCGCUCAACCUGCAGGGCACGAGAAUAGCUACGGCGUCGGAGAAAGGUACUCUGAUCCGAAUUUUCGACACGUCUGCGGGUCAGCUCAUACAGGAGCUGAGACGAGGCUCUCAGGCUGCCAACAUUUACUGCAUUAACUUCAACCAGGACGCGUCCCUCAUCUGCGUGUCCAGUGACCACGGCACGGUGCACAUCUUCGCCGCAGAGGACCCCAAAAGGAACAAACAGUCAAGUUUGGCGUCGGCCAGCUUUCUUCCCAAAUACUUCAGCUCCAAGUGGAGCUUCUCCAAGUUCCAGGUCCCGUCCGGCUCUCCCUGCGUGUGCGCCUUUGGGACGGAGCCCAACGCUGUCAUCGCCAUUUGUGCUGACGGCAGCUACUACAAGUUCCUCUUCAACCAGAAAGGGGAGUGUGCCCGGGACGUGUACGCCCAGUUCCUGGAAAUGACCGACGAGAAAAUCUGACCUUUGACCCACGUGGAGACUUGACACCCCUCCUUUUUUUGUGGAGGAAAGGUCCCACGCUGCAUUUCUUCUUCUCGUCUUGACAGACUCUGUGAAAAGGAGCAUCACGUGAGGGCAGGACGGGAAGGGAGCGAAGCACCGACCCGCACAGCGGAGGCCGGACGGGUGGAGGCACCAACAGCCGCUCUCUUCGGAGGAUUGACUCGCAAACCAAGCGCUACAGAAAAGAGAAAGCGGCACGAUGGCAAUUUUUACGACGUCUUCUGAGGAAUUUCCGAAGGAGGGUUAUUUUUGAAUCGCAUAGAUGAUGCAGAUGGUUAGACGGAUUACAUGUAUUGAGAUUGUUGUCGACUAACACCACCUAACCAAACUAUAGGGAGUGCCUGCAGACUGGAGAGAAUAUGUAUGUGUGCACACGUUAUUGUUGUCAUAUAUGCAUUUGUGUGUUUGUGUGCAUAUACUCCAAUGUACCAUAUUAUCUGUUGGCAGAGUCCGAAUGAGGGAACGUGUCACUGACUCUGCGUAGUGAAGCGUUAGCUUAGCGUUCUAUCCACUGUAUAAACACGACGCGCCGGACUGAAUCUAAUUCACUAGAACUGUACAGAAUAAUACAAAUUUUUGUUUCCCUCGUG